AGAAAUGAUUUACUUUUUAGUGUGAAAUAUUUUUCUUUCUUUUCUCCUUUUUAUUCUUUUUUUUUAAAAAAAAGAAAUACACCUUAACACUAUGGCAUGUUUAAAAUUAUUUUCUGGAAAUUUACCAGAAGUGGCAAAUAAUAUUCUAUACUAUAUAAGAGAUGAUACAUCAUCACUUUAUUCAUGUGUUUUAGUCAACAGAUUUUUAUGUCGUCUCGCUAUUCCCAUACUUUGGGAAAAUCCAUUAUUUACUAAAUGGAAGGAUGGAUUUCAACAUCAUUUUCUUGAUAUUUACUUUCUAUUCUUAGAUGAAGAAGAUAAAAAAUGUCUUAAUAAAGAGACUUUAGUUAUUCAAAGAAUAAAAUCUUUUUCAUUUAAACCUUUAUUUGAUUAUCCAAGUUUUAUUAAAAAUUUAAGUACAUAUCAAUUAGAAUGGCAAGUAGUAAAUUGGUUAUAUUUUAUUCAACAAACAAAUUUAUUAUCAAAUUCAUCAUCAACAAAUCAGAAUGAAGAUUCAAAAUCUUAUAUUUCUUUAACUAUUAAAGAUCAUUCUAAUAUUGAUUCAUUAACAUUAAAAAAUCAUGAAUCAAUAAUAAAUUUAAAUAAUAAGAAAAAAUUAUUAUCAAAGGAUAUGUCAAAUGUUAUUUGUACUUUAUUAAUCAAAUUAUUUAUAAAAAAUAAUGCUAAUUUAAAUAAUUUGAAUAUAAGUAUUUUAUCACAAAAUAAUUUCUUUAUUGAUUUAUUUGAAUUUAUUAUAAUGAAACCAAAUUUUAUAAAAGAUAUAAAUUAUCUUACAAUAUCAUCAAAAAAUAUUUAUCUUUCAAAUCAAUUUGAUUCUUUCUUAUAUUCUAUACCAAACCUAUUUACUUCAAUUAAAAAUCUUAAUCUUAACUUAAAAGUUAAUGAUGUUCCACUUACAAAAAGUUUAGCAGAUACUAUUCAUUCUCAAUCAAAUAUUUCUCAUAUUACAAUUUCAUUUACAAAAUCAGAUAUAAUUUAUUUAUUUGAUACUUUUGAAUAUUGUUCUAAAACCUUAAUAUCACUCAAAUUUCUUGAAUGUGAUUUUACAAGUAUUAAUGUUUCAUCAUUUAGAGGUCUUAAAUAUCUUACUCAACUUAAAUAUUUUUAUCUUAUUAAUUGUUUAGGUUUUAAACUUCAUGUUAUUCAACCUUUACUUAAUAUUUCUACUCCAUUAAUGAUUAAAUCUUUAACAAUAACUGAUGGAAAUAUUAGUACUAAUUCAAUUCAAUUAUUAUUACAAAAAAUUGGUAAUUAUUUGGAAUAUUUAUUUUUAAGUAUUCCUAUCGAAUUUAUAAGAGAAUUAAUAAUUAAUAAUAUUAUUGAUUAUUGUGAUAAAAUUAAAUUCCUUCAUUUAAAUCAUAUUGAUUAUAAGAAUAUUCCUCAAAUUUGUAGUUUAGUCUCUCAUUUUAGAAAUCAUCUUAAAUAUCUUACUCUUGAAUAUAAUUUUAAAUCUUUUAAUACUAGUAAUGCAUUAGAUUUGUUUCCAAAUAAUACGAACAAAUAUGAACAUCAAAAGGGUAGUUUGGAACUUUUAAAAGAAUUGGAUAAAAUUUUACCAAAUAAUUUGGAUUAUUUAAAUUUAUAUAUUUCAAUUGAUCCAAAUCAAUUAAAUGAUUUUUUAAUUACUUGUAAACGUAUUGGUUUAAAAAAUUUAUUACUUAGAAAUAAUAAUAUUGAAAAUUUACAAAAUAUUUUAAACAUAUUAAAAGAAUUCGCUAUUAAUAAUAAUAAUUUGAAUUAUUUAGCUUAUGGAAUUGAAUAUUUUGAUACUUUUAGAAAGAAUCAACAAAAAUCGGAAAUUUUAACUAAAGAAAUUCAAUCUUUUGGUAAAUUGGAAAAAAUGAAGAAAUAUGAUGAUUUAGUUAUAAAUAUUUUUGAUUUUGAUAAAGAUUAAAAAUUAUAUAUAUAUAUAAUAUAUAUGGAAUUAUUAUUAUUAUUAGUUUAUUCUAUAUUGUCUAUUUAUUUUUAUUUUUUUAUUAUUAUCUUUUUGUAUUUGGAUUUAUAAUUUAAAUAAAUAUUUAUUAUUUUGAAAAAUCAA